AUGAACUUCCUCCUCCUAACCUCCCUCCUCCUCGCCUCAAGCGCCCAUGCCAGACCUGUUGAGGUUCCGGCUGAGCUCUCUGGAGCGAUACCCGGCUCUGCCUCCGGCGCUACCACCGAGUUUGUUCCUGAGGAUGUCACUUCCCCAACCGUUGAUACUGCGGCGGUGCCCUCCCCAAUGACACCUGACUCUGCCACCAGCGCUCUCACCAAAGUUCGUCCUUCCCAACCCACUAUUUUUUUUCAACAUACGCGUAGAACUAACUCAUUAAAGCGCCAGCAAGAUGUUUCAGAGGCUAUACAACCUUUUACGGUAGUGGAUCUGGGCCCCCGUCAAGCCUCCGGCACCCUAGGCUCAGUCAAUCUCGAUAAGUCUCUAUCAAUCGACCCUACUACCGGUUCUCUCCCUGAGUUUCCCCGCCAACGCCGCCAAGCCUCCGGCACCCUCGGCUCAGUCAAUCUCGAGGACUCUCUCUCAACCGACCCUACCACCGGCACUCUCCCCAAACGCCAGGAAGAUAUCAUAUGCGACAUACUUCCAUCGCUAAGCACAUGUUGA